UGACUUUGUGUUCAAAAUAAUCUGUCCUGCGCAACUAAUGUGUAGGGGUAAGUGGGAAAGAUUCCCACACAGCCCCCAUACCACGUGAUUAUCAUGUGACGCUCAUUUGCCUACGUGGGUUGCUCUGCCCUCGUACUGUGUAAUCUGUAUAGAUAGGUACCUUGCCUUAGGUAUGUUGUGACUUCACAACAAGUCUGCGCACAAGGACCACACCAACCGCGACCCAAAACCCAUUUGCGAAGCCGCGCUCCCCCAAUCCACUGCACCAUCCUCUCCGCCGACGCCUCCCAAGUUCUUCAUCACAUCCGUGUGGGGAUUUUACGGACUUUGCAAACAAGAGGGUGCAUCUAACUCUCACGAUACCAUGGGCGGGUCUUUUCUCGCACCACUUCCUAAUCCACCAGAGCCCCUGCCUAUGGUGCCAGGUCCUAAGCUCGCACCUUUUACUCGCACCGCUCACGCAGCCAUCGAAUUCAUCGAAGAGCUUGGUAACCCAAACCAAGAUAUGGACGGCCUCGUAUGGAAAGUGAAAAUUGGGGGGAAGGAGCCGUAUUACGCUCUCAAGAUGUUCCUCUUCACUUCUACCGAGUAUCUGAUGAAAGACUUGGGGAUCGACCUCAUCUGGCGUCUCGCGUCCGCCCAGCUCUAUAGCGACUAUUUCGACCCCUUUCAUUGCGAGUGCCGCGUGUACGGGCGGCUCAAGCAGGAAGGCCGUGAAGAUCUCGCAGCCCGCGCUCACGGAUACCUAUUUCUCACACCCCAACAAGCUGCCGAGGUCGAGGAAAGGUCCGGGAGGCCGAAAUUCUCGCAAGAAGAAUACGAACAAGACGGCACCGACUUUUGGGGACGGGACACAGAACAUCGCCAUCUCUCCGUCCGGGCCAUCGUCAAGGAGCUUGUGAGCGCCGAUGACCCAUUCACACCCGAAGACGUACCGCAGAUAUGGAAUGACUUCGAAGACCUCCACAAACUGGGCAUCCUCGUGCGCGACAUCAACACGUUCAAUUACAUGGGCGGUAAGAUUAUCGACUUCAGCCGUGCCUGGACCACGCCACACCCGUUCCCAGCUGGUAUGGAUGACUAUACCAUUAAGCGGGCACUGAAGAGUGAGCCUCUUAAAUUGCAGAAAGCAUUCAUCGAGUGGGGUUUGUCGAGGGAUUGGGAUUGGGACAUUAUCCCUGAGGAAAUGCUGCAGUGCACCCGCGGUUUGGGCCAAGAUGGGCCCUAUGGAACGAAUCCGAGCUUCUACGACUGGUGGAAGUGGGAGAAAGACCCCGAUGCCGCUGAGGCGUUUAUGAAUUGUAUAUGGGAGGACGGGGGCAAUGAACCGCACUCGGAGGGGUGAUGGAAGUCUCGAGCAGAUGUGAUGGGCUUUGUUUGGGUUAUAUCGUGUCGAUGUGCAUGAGGGCGAGAACUCGCGCAAAUGGCCAACCAUGCGCAAAACGCGCAACCGAGAAUGAGACGCAUUGUACUGGAGAAUGCUUUACAGAGCUUAAGGUGUUGCAUCAAAAGGGGGUGCACGAUCUCGUAGAACACGGGACUAUAGUUCGGGAAACAGGCUGACGAAGAGACUGAGCAAUGAAGA